GCUCUGAUUGGAGUCCGAUCUUUUGAAAGCCUUCGGACAGAUGUUUGCAGAACGGUCAAAGUGCAAACUAGAAAUCAUUUUCUAGUUUGUUUUUAGGGACGUCUGGCAGCUGUUGGGACUUGAACCCGCCUGACGCGUCACUGUGUGAAAACCAACAUGGCUGCUUGACAGAUGAAAGCUUUUAUGGCGAAAUGGCUCUGGCCUCUGAAAUACAGUAGCGUUCAGCCGUGGUGGUAACGGGAUCGCUCAGCGGAGGGUCUGGUUCACAUUUAUGUGUCCAUCCAGAGGAUUUGACCUUUUCCAUCCCCUAAACCUCAGCAGCGCUGGUCCCGCCUCCGGGCCGAACCUCCCAGUAUAUCUUCAUCGUGUGAAGUUCCAACGCAGGGAAAGGUAGUCCAGCUUACCAGGAACAAAGCAGUGGGAAAAAGAAGAUCUGGACGAGGGGAAAACUUUGACGGAGAAUCAGCCGGAGAAACAAGAAGAGAGGAGAAUAUCUGAAACGAAGCGAAGACUCGAAUCAGAGCCGAAGAGGAAACAGGAGAGAAAACAGGGAAGGAAUCAGAAGAGCAGAGACCGCCGCGUCCCGUCAGGCGCAGGAUCCUCAGAGAGACCGUCAGGCUGUCACCCCGCAACACGGCGUGUCUGACUGUGACAUCUGCCGCGCUCAUCCUGAGCGCUGCUGAGAUCACGGGAGGUUAAACCUCAACCAGAGAACGAUGCAGGCCUUCCUGCCGCUGGGCUGCUGCGUCCUGGCGCUAACGCAGUGCUGCCUUGGCUCCGCCCACAUGAUCCCUGAUGACAGGCUGUCCACCAAUAGGGUCGUUGCGUCCAACGCUCUGUCUCACAGCCUGCAGAUCGACCCGCCUCCUGUUGUUAUUGUGGAGCUGAACAAAUCCACCAAGAAGAAAGAAAAAGGAAAGAAGCAGAAAAAGAAUAAGUUUGCUCGGAAGCGCCCGCCUCCUCCGCCGAACUGCAUCCCGCUGUGGGGAAGCUGCAAAGCUCCCGGCAACGUUUGCUGCGACUUCUGCGCGUUCUGCCAGUGCCGGCUCUUUAAGACUGUGUGUUUGUGCCGGAUGGGGAACCCGCGCUGCUGAGCCGCCGCUUCAGGAAACCUCCUGCAGCGACUCGGUUUGUAACUUUGCCUGAAACUCGCAGCAUGAAAGCACUUUAUCACGAGGACUGCGCCGACGGAGCAGCGCUGAGCGAACACAGGGAGGCUUUUCGCACUGAUUUAUGUUUUAACUGUACUUUAGCUGAGUUUUAGCUGAGCUUUAGCAUGCUAACAUGAAAGGAUUCAGGCCAGGCAGUUUCCUGUCAAACUCCACAUGAUGCUACAAGUAUCAAUGUGUUUAUGGCACAUGUAACAAUAAAAAACCUUCGUGGCCAAUCGA